CAUCCUCCUCCGUGUGGAGCUGCUCCUCUGACUGACUUUUCACAGUCCGAUGCCCCGACAGGACUCAGCGGUCAUGGCCGUCAGUCUGACCCACCAAGGUUCCCCAAACCCCGGCUACACCGCCAACAACAACGCGGGCCCGGUUCCGGUUCUCACUCAGACCAACUCCAGGGACAAGUGGAGCAAAAAGAUGGAUUUUCUCCUGUCUGUCAUUGGCUUUGCUGUGGACCUUGGAAAUGUUUGGAGAUUUCCCUACGUGUGUUAUCAAAACGGUGGCGGUGCUUUCCUUAUUCCCUACAUUAUAAUGGCCAUCUUUGGUGGUGUGCCGCUCUUCUACAUGGAGCUGGCACUGGGACAGUUCCACCGCACCGGAGCCAUUUCCAUAUGGAAACACAUUUGUCCCAUUUUCAAAGGAAUAGGAUAUGCCAUUUGUAUCAUCGCUCUGUACGUGUCAUUCUACUACAACACCAUCAUCGCCUGGGCCCUCUUCUACUUCUACUCCUCCUUCUCCAGCAUCCUGCCCUGGACAAACUGUGACAACGUGUGGAACACCCCCGACUGCACCAACUACUUUGGCAUAGACAACGUCACCUGGACCAAUGCCUCCAGGUCUCCGGCAGAGGAAUUUUACACGAGAAAUGUUCUGGAAAUCCACAAAGCAUCAGGGCUGAAAAACGUUGGGGGUGUUCGCUGGCAGUUGAUGCUCUGCCUUUUUCUCAUCUUUACCAUCGUCUACUUCAGCCUGUGGAAGGGCGUGAAAACUUCAGGAAAGGUGGUGUGGGUGACAGCCACCUUGCCCUACAUAGUGCUUUUCAUUCUGUUGAUUCGAGGGGCCACUCUGCCGGGCGCAUGGAAAGGUGUGGUGUUUUAUCUGAAGCCACAGUGGGGGAAGCUGCUGGAGACCAGUGUGUGGGUAGAUGCUGCAGCACAGAUAUUCUUCUCUCUGGGGCCAGGAUUCGGGGUCCUCCUGGCUCUCUCUAGCUACAACUCUUUCACAAAUAACUGCUAUCGAGACGCCAUCGUGACCAGUUUGGUGAACUGUCUGACCAGCUUUGUGUCAGGGUUUGUGAUCUUCACUGUGCUGGGCUACAUGGCAGAGAUGAGGCAGGUGGAUGUGGAGGAUGUAGCCAGGGAUAAAGGACCAAGUUUGCUCUUCAUCACCUACCCAGAAGCCAUUGCAAACAUGAUGGGUUCGACCUUUUUUGCUAUAAUCUUUUUCACGAUGAUGAUCACGCUGGGACUUGACAGCACGUUUGGUGGGCUGGAGGCCAUCAUCACUGCCGUGAUGGAUGAAUACCCUGAUCAACUCUCUCACAGACGUGAGCUGUUUGUUCUGGGCUUGGUUGUUGUGUGCUUCUUGGGCUCCCUAAGCACCCUUACAAAUGGUGGUGCCUAUGUAGUGAAGCUGCUGGAGGAAUUUGGAGUUGGAUCCUCUAUCAUAGCUGUGGGUUUCCUUGAGGCGAUUGCUGUUUCCUGGUUCUACGGCAUCAAUAGGUUUAGCAAUGAUGUCCAGGCCAUGCUGGGCAAAGCUCCAGGGUUAUUCUGGAGGGUGUGCUGGGUCGCCAUCAGUCCAGCAUUUCUAGCGUACAUUAUCGUGAGCUCCCUGCUGAAAGCGCCACCCCUCUCGUUGUUCGACUAUAAGUAUCCAGACUGGAGCAUCACAGUGGGAUACAUUGUGGGCUUCUCAUCCUUCAUGUGGAUCCCUAUCUACAUGGUCUACAAGCUGGUGUGGACUCCUGGAUCUCUCAAACAGAGGCUGGCAGUGUGUCUAAGACCAGAAAGGACCAUACCAGACAUCCACACCGACAACCUCACCAUGGUUACUGUACCUUAGAAUGAUGAGCACCUAAGUAUAUAAAAAACACACAACUCGUUCCCUGCUUGUAGUUUUUUUUUCUACCUAAGGUUUAAGUGAUGUGUGUUGGAAUUUGAAUAUCAUCUGACAUCAUGACUGUUACCUGCUUAUGAUGUUAACACUCUGUAAAAUAGUAAAUGCUGCUAAUUUUGUAGCCCUGAGGAGCCGACAAAGCAAUACUCAUACCUUACCAUUUGCUCUGUGUGUAUUCAGAUUAACCUGCGUCACUGAGAUAGUGCAAAACUUUUAUUUGUUGCUUUUUUCAGGUGUUACAUUUGUGCAAUUGUAGAAGUCAUAUUUGUAUAAUUGUCUGCUUUUCCCUUAAGAACAACAUGCCAAGGAAAAUAAAAACAUGUAUUUCUGUAAGUGGUAAACAGCACAUCUGUCGUACUGCAUGGGGCUGUUUUUCUUGUUAAGGUCUUUAUUUUCAGAUGAAUUCAGCUCUGCAUGCUUUUAUACAGCAACAAUGGAAACACCAGUUUUAGACUUGACAUGACUGCAAAGUUAACAGAUUUAGAACCACUGCAGCAGCUAUUUGCAUGCAUUUUUCUGUGCAUAAAAAAUAUUAAGUGAGCUUUUUAUCCAUUCAGUGAACAACAUGCUUUACACUCAGCUAUUGUUUUUCACAGCAAGUGCUAAAUGCUUUGCUGCAUUUCUUGUAGCAGUUGAAACAGAUGUGUGUGGUCUGAAGUCUAAACAUUGUCUGAUGAUGAGAGAGAUUAAACAGGACCAAAGCCUAAUUAGUUUGACAAUUAAUUAUAACUACUCCUUUAUUUUUGCACUGCUGUAUUAUAUUACACAGUAGCUAUGUAAUACUGUGCUUUUAUAGGCCAGGUGCUUGCUAUAUCUGCAAAAAUGGUUGUGUUCUCCCAACGUCUGUUUGUAUCAAAGAUUAAUAAGGCCAUCCUAAAAAACACAUCAGUUCAUUUUCAAAUGAUUUUUGAGACUACAUAAUUUACUGUAAAAGCAUUGUUUUUCAUUUUUUAUAGAGCUUGUGUUUUUUCUGGUGAUACAGUUCAAUAAAAAUGUAGUGAUUCUUUGAAUGGAAAAUGAACUUUUUGGUCUUCAUCUGAUGGCUUCAUUUGAAUCCAGAUAGCCUGUUUUGCCUUAAUCAGCCUGAAUAUAAAAGUCUGUACAAAACUGUAAAGCUUGUGUUGAUUAUGUGGCUCUCCAAUGUUUACACUCUCUCAUUUAAGACUGUUCAGAUCUCUUUGCAGAGACAAUAACAUAAUUUGUGUUUUUUGCCUAAGUUUUUAACUACUCUUUAUUCAGAGAAAAAAUGUGAUGAGCAAGGCGAUGAUUGUUGUGUUCUCUUCAACCUAGUUUAUGUAACAGUCAC